AUGAAUGCUUUACAGCUUGUUCGUGAUGCUUUCGAUCAGCCAUCAAGCAAAGUGAAAACCAAAGCAUCUGCCACAGAUUUGGUGACGGAAACCGAUCAAGCCGUCGAGAAAUUGUUAAUUGAAGGAUUGAAGAAGGCAUUCCCUGAUCACAAAUUCAUUGGUGAAGAAUCGACUGCAGGCGGUGCAAAAAUAGAGUGGACGAACGCACCAACAUGGAUUAUCGAUCCUAUAGAUGGCACGACAAAUUUUGUGCAUCGGUGCUAUUUUUGUUGGAAAAUUGGUGUACCAUUAACAUUCUGA